GACGUCUGAAACAUUGAGAGGAAACAACAUAGAAAAGGGAAUUACGAGGAUAUGGCAAUGCUUGAUAUAAUUCAUCUGAAUGGAGACAUCAGCGGCAGCCAAUCUCCCGAGGCCGAAGAACAGAGGUUCACAAGACUCUUGCAAGCAAAGCAAAAGGUGGCCAAACUCCACUUCUUCGUCCAGGACGCCCUGGGCGGCUCCAGCCCCACCGUCUUGGAGGUGGCGCGCUCCUCCAUCACCGCCAACUCCACCACGUCUUUCGGCCAGGUCAGAGUCGUUGACGAUCUGAUAACGGCCGAGCCUUAUCCCGACUCGGAGAAGUUGGGCCGGGCUCAGGGCAUGAUCACUUCCUCGGACCUGGACAAAGCAGCUCUCACUAUGAGCCUCAACCUGUAUUUUACGUGUGGGAAAUACAAAGGGAGCACUCUUUGUAUUGUGGGGAGGAACCCUUUGGACAGAAAGAACCGCGAGCUGCCGGUCGUUGGUGGAACAGGUGUUUUCCGUAUGGCCCGUGGAUACGCUAUUUCGAAUACGUAUUCAUACGAUGUUGAUACGAAUUAUGGUGUCCUUGAGUAUACGGUUUACGUUGCGUAUGUAGAUGAUGAAGAUUGUGUUUAAGCCGAUUGGAUUUUCGAUAUCAAAUCCUAUCACAUCGCCUAUUACAUUUAAUAUAUAAAUUAAUGAAUGUUAUAAAAUCUUUUUCUAAAUAAAUAGAUAAUAUAGUUUUUGGACACAUGACAUGUACAUAUUGAUUGAAAUAGAAGAUACAAUAGGAUGUGGAGUAGAAGAUCCAACCUAGUGUUUGAGUUGUUCUAGUUGGCUAGUGUAUCUGAAGUUUGAUUUGUAAGUUUGUUUCCUGUCUUCGUGCAGAUUCAAUAAU